UAAUAUCAGAAACAAAAUAAUCAUAUUAUGAAAAUUAAAGAUAAUAUAGGAGACAAUAAUAGCACGACAAUUAAAGAUUGCGAUCACGAUAAUUUAUGCAGUAUAAAUGGAUUCCAUUAUUAUUUGCGAUUAGAAGCAUUAAGACCCAACCAUCAACCUUGUUUUUGUUUUCCUUCCUUUCUUGUUUUGCACAAAUAGAUAAUUUUUUUAAAAAAAGAGAUACACAAUCAUUUUGAAUUAUUUCCUCCCCUACCAUCUCAUAGCUAACUGAUCUGGGAAAAGCUUCAGAUGUGCUGCCGAGAAUCCCAAUGCGCUGCUUUGAUAAUAAUUUUUAAAAGCAUACUCUUAUUUUAUUUUGCAUUCCCGGACCAAGGUGAGGCUGGAGGGAGGACGAGUCUGGAAUCUGCGCCGAGGAAACGAAAGGCACGCUUUCUUUUUAAUCCCACUUGCGCACGUGGCGAAUCUGCCGAAGUGAAUCGCAGGAACGGCGGCGUGCGGCUCCGGGCAACAACUACGGCAAGCGGCUAGCCCCAAUCCCCUCCAGCCGCUCCUCAGACCGCUCACCGCUCCUUCCCUCUCCCCCUUCUGCUUUCCCAUCCGAUCCCAGCGGCCAGUGCGCGAGAGGGGGGCGGCGGUGGGAGCGACGCCGCCGCUGCCGGCCUUAGUGACGGUGGGCGUCGCUCUGAGGGGAGCGGCCGAAGGACUCCGCCGCCGCCGCCUCUUUCGGCCGCUUCCUCCUCAGCGGUUGCCCGGCGAAGCGAGCGGGGCGGGCCCGAGGGGAGGGACCGGCCCAUGGACCAGCUCAGCCCCCGGGAGCCCGGCCGAGAUGCGGGCGUAGCGGCCGAGCCGAGCCGCCGGGGCCCCGGGUCGCCGCCGCCACCCGCCGGAGGGCGCUGAGGGAGGAGGAGCGGCCAGGCGGAUGCCGCUGCCCAGAGCCUGAGGCGGCGGCGCCUCCCUCCUUCCUUCCCUCGCCUUCCCUCUCCGGCUUCUCUCCCCGCGCGGCCUCCUCCUCCUCCCCGCGGCCCGGACGCCACCAUGUCGGCCAAGGUGCGGCUGAAGAGGCUGGAGCAGCUGCUGCUGGACGGGCCGCGCCGCAGCGAGAGCGUCCUGAGCGUGGAGGCGCUCCUCGACCUCCUGGUCGGCCUUUACACCGAGUUCAGCCGCGACUCGCCGCUCCGAAGAGACAGGCUGGUCUCCGACUUCCUCGAAUGGGCGAAACCGUUCACCCAGUUGGUGAAGGAAAUGCAACUACAUCGGGAUGACUUUGAAAUUAUAAAAGUCAUUGGCAGAGGUGCAUUUGGUGAGGUUGCAGUUGUUAAAAUGAAGUGCACAGAGCGCAUUUAUGCAAUGAAAAUCCUUAAUAAAUGGGAAAUGCUUAAAAGGGCAGAGACUGCUUGUUUCCGAGAAGAGAGAGAUGUUUUGGUGAAUGGAGACUGUCAGUGGAUUACUACAUUGCACUACGCCUUUCAGGAUGAAAACUAUUUGUAUUUAGUAAUGGACUACUAUGUGGGUGGUGAUUUGUUGACACUACUCAGCAAGUUUGAAGACAAGCUUCCUGAAGACAUGGCCAGGUUCUACAUUGGUGAAAUGGUGCUUGCUAUACAUUCCAUCCAUCAAUUACAUUAUGUGCACAGAGACAUAAAGCCCGAUAACGUUUUGCUGGAUGUGAACGGCCAUAUCCGCCUGGCAGACUUCGGAUCCUGUCUGAAGAUGAGCGAGGAUGGCACUGUGCAAUCUUCCGUAGCAGUGGGCACACCUGAUUAUAUUUCUCCCGAGAUACUGCAAGCAAUGGAGGAUGGCAUGGGGAAGUACGGGCCUGAGUGCGACUGGUGGUCUCUGGGUGUCUGCAUGUAUGAAAUGUUGUAUGGGGAAACACCUUUUUAUGCGGAGUCGCUGGUGGAAACUUACGGGAAAAUUAUGAAUCAUGAAGAGAGGUUUCAGUUUCCAUCCCAUGUUACAGAUGUAUCUGAAGAAGCAAAAGACCUAAUCCAGCGGCUUAUAUGCAGCAGAGAACGCCGUUUGGGCCAGAAUGGAAUAGAGGAUUUCAAGUCGCAUGCGUUUUUUGAAGGACUCAACUGGGAAAAUAUCCGAAACUUAGAAGCACCUUACAUUCCAGAAGUUAGCAGUCCUUCAGACACAUCCAACUUCGAUGUGGAUGAUGAUGUCUUAAGAAACCCCGAAAUGAUACCACCUGGUUCUCACACUGGCUUUUCUGGAUUGCAUUUACCUUUUGUUGGGUUUACCUACACCACUGAAAGCUGCUUUUCGGACAGAGGCUCACUCAAGGGGGUGAUGCAGUCGAGCGGUAUAACCAAAGAUGAGGAUGUGCAGCGUGACUUGGAAAACAGCUUGCAAAUAGAGGCGUAUGAAAGGAGAAUACGGCGGUUGGAGCAGGAGAAGCUGGAGCUGAGCAGGAAGCUGCAAGAAUCCACCCAAGCUGUUCAGUCUCUCCACGGUUCUACUCGCAUAACGGCAAACACGAACCGGGAUAAAGAAAUAAAGAAGUUAAACGAGGAAAUAGAGCGCUUGAAAAACAAAAUCGCAGAUUCAAAUAGGCUAGAGCGGCAGCUGGAAGAUGCGGUGACUCUACGGCAAGAGCAUGAAGACUCCACCCACAAGUUAAAAGGGCUUGAGAAGCAAUGCAGAAUAUUAAGGCAAGAAAAGGAGGACCUUCACAAGCAACUUGUUGAAGCCUCUGAAAGGUUAAAGGGACAGUCCAAAGAACUAAAGGAUGCCCAUCAACAAAGGAAGCUCGCAAUGCAGGAGUUCUCAGAGCUGAAUGAAAGGAUGGCAGACUUGCGCUCUCAGAAGCAGAAGCUCUCUCGACAGCUCCGUGACAAAGAGGAAGAAGUGGAAGUGGUGAUGCAGAAAAUUGACUCCAUGAGACAGGAAAUUCGUAAAUCUGAGAAAGCAAGAAAAGAGCUGGAAGCCCAGCUCGAUGACGCAACAGCAGAAGCAUCAAAGGAGCGCAAGCUCCGGGAGCACAGCGAGAUUUUCUCCAAGCAGGUGGAGAGUGAACUGGAAACACUAAAGCUCAAGCAGGGUGGCCGUGCUGCAGGGGCCAUGCAGGAGCAUCAGCAGGAGCUGGCCAAAAUGAAGUCAGAGCUCGAGAAGAAAAUCUUGUUUUAUGAAGAGGAGUUGGUCAGGCGAGAAGCGUCCCACGUCUUGGAAGUAAAAAAUGUGAAGAAGGAGAUGCACGAUUUAGAAAGCCACCAGCUAGCACUGCAGAAAGAGAUCUUGAUGUUAAAAGACAAAUUGGAUAAGGCCAAACGAGAGAAGCACAGCGAGAUGGAAGAAGCAGUGGGAACUCUGAAAGAGAAAUAUGAGCGAGAGAGAUCUAUGCUCUUCGAAGAUAACAAGAAAAUAACAACUGAAAAUGAAAAACUUUGUUCCUUUGUGGAUAAACUUACAGCGCAAAACAGGCAGCUGGAGGAUGAGCUUCAGGAUUUGGCGGCAAAGAAGGAGUCAGUAGCCCACUGGGAAGCUCAGAUUGCAGAAAUUAUUCAGUGGGUGAGUGAUGAAAAAGAUGCACGAGGGUAUCUUCAGGCUCUGGCAUCUAAGAUGACAGAAGAACUGGAAUCUUUGAGAAGCUCCAGUCUGGGAUCGAGAACACUGGAUCCACUCUGGAAAGUAAGACGCAGUCAGAAGUUGGAUAUGUCAGCGAGGCUGGAAUUGCAGUCAGCUCUUGAUGCAGAAAUACGUGCCAAACAACUGGUCCAGGAAGAAUUAAGGAAGGUUAAAGAUGCCAACCUGUCCUUUGAAAGCAAACUAAAGGAAUCAGAAGUAAAAAAUCGGGAACUCUUGGAGGAAGUUGAAGCUUUAAAGAAGAAGUUGGAGGAAAAAUACAGGACUGAUGCAGGUCUCAAACUUCCAGACUUCCAGGAUUCCAUUUUUGAAUACUUUAAUACCUCGCCUCUUACUCAUGAUCUGACUUUCCGAACGAAUUCUGUUAGCGAGCCAGACACGCCAGGACCCAAGGCGGAGGUCUCUCCAUCGACCUCUAUUGUGACCGCAGAGCAACCACAAGAAGAACCAAUUCGGCUUCAGAGGAUGCCUGCUGCUCCCUCCCCCACCAUUCAGUCCAUUUCUCUAGCUGUACCAAAGCCCAAAGCUCAUCAACUCAGUAUCAAGUCCUUUUCAAGCCCCACCCAGUGCAGCCAUUGUACUUCCCUCAUGGUGGGAUUGAUCAGACAGGGCUACGCUUGUGAUGUAUGUUCAUUUGCUUGCCAUGUUUCCUGCAAGGACAGUGCGCCGCAAGUCUGCCCUAUUCCUCCAGAGCAAGCCAAGAGACCCCUUGGAGUAGAUGUUCAGAGAGGAAUAGGAACAGCUUACAAAGGCUAUGUCAAAGUUCCCAAGCCAACCGGUGUUAAGAAAGGAUGGCAGCGGGCUUAUGCAGUGGUGUGUGACUGUAAACUCUUCCUUUAUGAUGUGCCUGAAGGAAAAUCCACCCAGCCAGGAGUUGUUGCAAGUCAGGUGUUGGAUCUCAGAGAUGAAGAUUUCUGUGUCAGCUCCGUCCUAGCAUCAGAUGUUAUACAUGCCACCCGUAAAGAUAUCCCUUGCAUAUUCAGGGUGACAGCUUCUCUCUUAGGUUCGCCUUCAAAGACCUGCUCUCUGCUGAUCCUAACAGAAAACGAGAAUGAAAAGCGAAAGUGGGUUGGAAUCCUGGAGGGGCUUCAGUCUAUCCUGCACAAAAACAAGUUGAAAAACCAAGUUGUACAUAUUCCACAAGAAGCCUAUGACAGCACACUGCCUCUCAUUAAAGCCAGCCUCGCUGCUGCUAUUAUAGAUCGGGAUAGGAUAGCAAUUGGUUCCGAAGAAGGCCUCUAUGUCAUAGAGGUGACCCGUGAUGUGAUAGUCCGGGCAGCCGACUGCAAGAAAGUUUACCAGAUAGAACUCGCUCCAAAAGAGAAAAUAAUUAUCCUUAUCUGUGGUCGGAAUCAUCACGUCCACUUGUAUCCAUGGUCGUCCCUGGAUGGAUCGGAAGGAAGCUUUGACGUCAAGCUUCCGGAAACAAAAGGUUGCCAGUUCAUUACAACAGGGACACUGAAGAAGAGCUCGUGGACAAGUUUGUUUGUGGCGGUCAAGCGGCAGGUUCUCUGCUAUGAGAUUCACAGGACUAAGCCUUUCCAUAAAAAGUUCAGUGAAAUCCAGGCUUCUGGCAAUAUACAGUGGAUGGCGGUAUUCAAGGACAGGCUCUGUGUAGGCUACCAGUCUGGUUUCUCUCUGCUGAGCAUCCAGGGGGAAGGACAAUCUGUAAACCUGGUAAAUCCCAAUGACCCUUCACUUGCCUUCCUCUCACAACAGUCCUUUGAUGCCCUUUGUGCUGUGGAGCUCAGCAAUGAGGAGUACCUGCUUUGCUUCAGCCAUUUGGGAGUGUACGUCGAUGCCCAAGGUCGAAGGUCACGCAUGCAGGAGCUAAUGUGGCCUGCAACUCCUACUGCCUGUAGUUGCAAUUCAUUCUAUUUAACAGUCUACAGUGAAUACGGUGUGGAUGUCUUUGAUGUUAACACUAUGGAAUGGGUUCAGACUAUUGGCUUAAGAAGGAUCAGACCGCUAAAUGUGACAGGCACGCUGAAUCUGCUUAGCUGUGAACCUUCUCGAUUAAUCUAUUUCAAGAAUAAGUUUUCAGCAGGAACGGCCCUGAGUGUACCAGAAACAUCCGAUAACAGCAAAAAGCAAAUGCUUCGCACGCGAAGCAAAAGAAGAUUUGUCUUUAAAGUUCCUGAGGAAGAGAGACUGCAGCAAAGGCGAGAGAUGCUCCGAGACCCUGAACUCAGAUCCAAAAUGAUUUCUAACCCAACCAAUUUCAACCAUGUGGCUCAUAUGGGACCAGGAGAUGGAAUGCAAGUGCUUAUGGACCUCCCACUGAGUGUCCUGCCGUCUUCACAAGAUGAAAAGGCUUGUCCUCCCACGACCAACAUUUCACGCCAGCCACCACAGAGAAACAAAAGCUACAUUUCUUGGCCCUCUUCAAGUGGGGGUGAUUUGGGAGCAGCCAUGCCCUUGCGGAGCAUGUCGGAUCCGGAGCAGGAGUUUGACAAAGAGCCUGAUUCGGAUUCCACCAAACACUCUACACCCUCCAACAGCUCUAACCCAAGUGGGCCCCCAAGUCCUAACUCUCCACAUAGGAAUCAGCUCACAUUAGAUGGACUGGACCAAUCGACCUGUGAUGCAUAACACUACGGCUGUGCCGCACCCCCCCCCCCUCCACUUGGGACCACCCGCUACUCCACGGAGUAUCCAAGAACACAAUAACUGUCUCCAACAACAGUGCCAAGACUGAUACUGGAUUUCUAAUGUUGCACAAACUAAAGUAAAUUCUAUAGCCAGACUGUGGGGUGGGGGUGGGAGGGGAAGAAUACAGAGGAGGAAAGAAUUCUUUAUUACUGGGGGGGGGGGGGUUGUUUUUUAAAUGCAUAACUGUUCAUUCUUAAACCUAUGGUGAAUCUGUUUCUGCACAGCUGUGACUCACUCUCACGGCAUACACUAAAGGCUGCCCAGAAAGGGUCUUCAUUCUUAAGGUAAAGAGAGAGAGAGAGAGAGGAGAAAUGCUGGUAGUUUUUACUACUAAGCCAUGUCAGGAAUAUUAUUUUUCUAUAGGAUGAUGUAAUGUCUUGUUAGCAGGAAAUCCUUUUAGGAAAAAAAUUGGACCCUCCUGGAUGGGAAGUAAAAGCAGGGCUUAGUUUACAUUGUUGGCUAAAUAUAUUCUUCCUCUUUUCCUUCAUUAUGCCCCCCCCGCCAAAGUUUAGGAGAAGGGUAGGAAGCUGUAGGGCCAUUCCCAGUAUUAUUAGUAAAUGCUGGGAAGUUGAAUGCAAGCAGAGGUUCUAGUUUGUGGCCUUUUCACUUAUUUAGCCAUUACAAUACAUUCUCAGCAUUGUAAAUGUCUUUUUCCUGACUUUGAGUCAUGUACAUAAACUCUCUUACCAAUAACAUUUUAUUCUUACCCUGCUUUUUUCUUUUUUGGACCUCCUCAGCUGUUGUCAGUCAGGGCAGGGCUUUUAAAACACAAGUAAAAUACUGCUGUGAAAAAGGUUUUUACUCCCACUUUUCCUGCUGCCAUCUUCUCCGACAAACUUGUAAUUCCUCUUGGGAGUUUUUUGGUUAUAUGUGUGUGCUUUCCCCCCCCAGUGUAAAACAUACACUACAUUUUUAAAAAAAUAAUAAUAAAUUAGCUAGCUAGCGUUCUCUUGGGAUUGUUCCCUGUAAAGGCUGCUUAUAUCGAAGGGAUUGUGUAGUACUCACAACCAUCCGUCUAUUUUAUUGAUAACCAAAGUGGAAAUGUUGAAGGAUGUGUAUAUGAGGGUGCCUCUUCUCCCCACUCCUUCCCCCCUUCCCUCCGCCACCCCCAGUUCAUUGCAUGAAAACCCCAUGAUUGCUAAUCAAAAGUAUUGAUCAUGUAAGAAAAAAAUGCACAGCACACUCCUGUAUAUUUUGCUACGGCCCACGUGCAGCGGUGACAUUGCCUAUUGCGUGUGUAUUUAAUCUCAUGCUUCCCGUGUAUUAUACAUUUAGUCCCUCUUUCCCACUCCCUCCCCUUCCAAAGAUUUUUUUUUGUGAUCAUGUUUCAUUUAACAGGCGUGUAAUUAAUUCCGUGGCUGGCAUAUCCAGUUUGUCAUAGUCACAUUAGUGUGCCUUCUGUGCCAAUUUGACAGUCAGAUGUCACUUGUUUUAAAAUCUGGUUUCUAUGGGCUAACGCUAUCCCAACGGCUAAUUCUCUUUCCUAAAACACUGUAGAGGACCAGGCACUUAUCUCUCUAGUUUAAGCCGAGUGGGUUCUAGUCGACAUUUAAUUUGCCACAUUAAGUGUUUGACGAUACUUUCUCAGAAUCUUGGAGGCUCACUUCGAGCCAGACACUACUGCUUUGGGGGUUUUCUGGUUUUUACUCUUUUUUUUAAAUGUAAGUCUAAAGUCUUUGUAAUUAUUGAAUUGUGAGAACAUUUUUGAACAAUUUACCUGUCAAUAAAGCAGAAGAGGGAGGUUUUAAAAGUU